UGACGUGCGGGAGAGAUCGUCCGUAGCGGUAUUACCAUCACGAAAAACGCCGGCGUGGUCGCGCUCUCACGGAUUUCUCUCCGGACGCGCGCAUGCAUUCGUGAUGUUUCGUGCUCGUUUGCUCGGUCGCUCGGUACUCCCGCUCGUGGCCGAAAAUGACACAUCACGACGCGCGGGCGACGCGCGAUAACCACACACGCACCGAGAGAGGAGCGUCGUCGGGCAGGAGCAACCUCGCGACCUCGCGCAGUGCGGUGUGCCCGAGAGGAAGUGAUUGAGGAGAGGAUCGCGGAUUCUCCGGAUACCGACCGACCAAACUCUCAUCACGGCACGGCACGGCGCGACGCGACGUGCCGGCGGACAAUGGCAAUCUCGAGUUGGGUGAUGUGGGGUAGAAGUCUGCGAACCGGCCGAUCUCACCGAAGCCGCCAAGACGCCGAGGACAACUGCGUGCAACUCGACUUGUCUAGAGGUUAGUAACCUAACCUAUCAGUCAGCACGAAGAGAGAGAGAGAGAGAGAUCGCUGCCCCUCUUCCGGUCGGUGCCGCUGUGUGUCGAUGACAUUUGUAGCCUCGCGUAUUCUUCUACGUUUAUUUAAUCCUCUCACCACGUAUGCUAUCGCACAAGAAUCGUUGUGACACGCCUUCCUUACAACCAAUCUACUGUAUGAAUGCUUUAACAGAUGGAAAAUCCAAAUAUAUUUCAAUGUACAUCAAACGAUAUACAGAUCUGUUGCUGUUUGAGAAUUUGGAAGGAUUAAAGGAGAACGUCAAGGAGGUCUUGACUAAUCUCUGCCAGCGUCACAAUGUUCCAAGUGUAAAGAAAUUAGCUUACCUUAAUGCUAUUGUUAAGUUAAUCAGUGAAACCGAUUCCCAAGAUUAUGGAUACUCGGCAGAAGAUCUGUUUUGUUGCUUACGCGUGGCACUGGUGAACGAGGUGACGCAGGUGCGCGCUGCAGCGUUGCGAGCUGUACGCUACAUGCUCAAGAAGGAGCAGGACGUCAUCGCGAUCAACAGACUGCAGUACCCGUAUUUCUUGGCGCGCAGUAUGGACGUCAAUCUGCGCAAUGAAAUGGAGAGAAUGCAGGCUCUUCGACUCGUCAGACGGAUCCUAGUGUUGGCCCCUAAGCAUUUCAGCCCCACUCUAGCAAGAUCCCUCAUUAGUUUGACCAACAGCGGCAUAGAGGAACGAGACCGGGCGUUUCGUGCGUUCUUAGCGACCCUCUGCGAACUGGGUGUCCUUAACUCGAAUCUGCUGAUUAGUUGCGGCGGCGUGGGCGCACUGGCGAGGGCCGCGAUGACUGGACAGAGCGCCGUCGUGGUCGAGUCCAUCGUGGGAGUAUUACUGAGACUCUUGAACAAUCCUGACACGCGCAGCAGCGUCUCCCUGCUGUGCUUCGCCGCGUCUUACUGCGAGCUGCACUCCUCCAGCAUCGAGAGAACCAAGGAGGAGCGCGAACAGAGAUUCGCCGCCAGCAAGCUGGCUCUGCUGAGCAUUCUGCGCUCGUACCCAGGCGUUAUCCACUUCUGUCAGCCCGACAACAAUUCCGGCCUCAAAGCCAUUGCCGAUAUCCUGUACGUGGAGCAGUUGGAGGUACGCGGAGCGGUGUUGGAGUUACUGUACGAACUAUUGGACCUGCCAUUGCCCACGUGGACCGAUGAGCCGGACGUCGCUUUGGCUGCAGUGGACCCCAGCCGAUCGAGAGACUCGUGGAAGCUCUCCGAGGGCUUUGUCGCCGCCGAAGGUAAAUUCAUUUUACCAUCCUUGUCGUCACACUGUCCCAACAUCACGGAGAUCCAUCUGGCGCUGUUAGUUUACGUUCUGCUGGAAUGUGGCCUUCACCGCGCCUUGGCGGAGACCAUCGUCUCCAGCGACACUUUCAUUUCGGUGCGUGCGGCGGUACUGUUGGGCGCAUUGCUGCAUCUCGCGCAUUCACUCCUGCCGUCCGAAGUCUGCGACCUGACGCCGCCGUUGCCGAACCUGCUGGAGCACGCGAGCGCCGGUAGACAUCAGGCACUCGCGGCGGUGACGAUCCUCGAGCGAAUGCACACCAUGAUGCGACGCAGACCGACCCCAGCGAGUCUCUUCCUCGACCGGAUUCUCCAAGGCGGCACCUGGCUGCGACCAACUCUACCUAGACGCCAGCGACCUUCCGGGCGACAUUGGCUGCGAAUCGGCCGGGAAUCGCCGAUCACUCCGUUGCUGAAGGACGCGCAGGUGCUCAUUUCGAAGGAUGCGCUCGCGUGGAAUUGGCCGAUGAUCCGCGCGAUCUUGCGCUCGCGCGAAGAUGCGACGCGCAUCCUGCACGACUCCGACCAUCGGCUGUUUAUGAAGCGACUCGUGCGCUAUUUCAAGCCCUCGUGGAAUGGAUACAGCAGAAUCGAACUUGGCACGAGCGCGACGUUCGCGCGCGAGGCCACCCUGGCCGGCUGCGAUCUGCUCAACUGCCUGUUGGAGCUGCACGAGCCGGAAGGCGCACGACUGUUGAACGAGCUGAUCGGCGACGUGGCCGAACAGAUCACUAAGAUACGCGCCGCCGAAUCCGCGCACGACUGUCUCUUCUCGCCGCGGCACAUGUCCACUACCUGUUGCCAGAAGUACUUCCUGUUUCUCGGCCAGCUUAGCCAUUCGGCCAAGGGCACGGUGGUGCUCAAGAGUUUCAGCCUCCUGGAGAAAUUACAGGACCUCGCGUUAGUCACUAAUCACGACUGUUACGUCAAGUUGAUUAUCUCCAGUCUGGACUACUCCCGAGACGGUCCCAACAGGAAGGUGCUCAGCAAAGUCAUCUCCGAGGCGACGCUGUCGAGCACACGCUUGUACGCCACGCAGUUCCUUCGACUGAUACUACGCGCGCGCAUGACAGACGCUGUGCGUUGGGCGAUGUCGUUGCUCGCGGAGCGAUUAUCCGACGCGUCGAUGGCCGUGGCGUUGACGGCACUGGACGCGCUGCACGAAGCCUGCGAGGAAACGGAAUACUUGGAGGCGAUGUUACAGCAGGGUGGACAAUCGCGCGACUGGGACAAGUGGCUGCAGCAUCUGGGCGACAAGGGUUACCUGCUGAAGAUUCGGCUGUACUCGCUGCAACAAGGCUUCACCAGUCUUUCCGCGCCGGCGGAGGAAUUGGAACGGUGGAUCGGACCUGGCAGUUUCGCCGAACGGUACGUGGGCCUGGUGGAGAGUGAAAUACACGACGCUCUGACGCGUCGCCAACGCGACGAGACUGGCAGCUACCAAAGGAGGACCAGCAGCUCGCCGAUAGUGCCGCGCGACACCUUCGCGCCGCCACAUCUGAUCGGCCAAUUGGCGCAGCAUGAUCUGGGCAUGCAGCUGUUGCUACGCCGCAACGUGAUACAGCGUUUCGCUCGGGUGCUCCAGCGAUUCAAGCUGGAAUUUGGUGGCGGCCGCGACUCUGAGUCCAAUAAUUCGAGGACCACCAGGACAAGCCGUCUGGCCACCUCCGCCGCCGCUGUCUCCAUCACCACUGCCAUGACCGCUACUACCGUUACCACCGCCACUGCCACCGUUAUCACUGCUGCAGCAACCACCAGCACGGUCGCCGACGAAAGCAUUCUCACGCCGGCAGACGCGUUCAGUGGCGCGGACGAUGCUGUAGAAUGCAGCAGCAGCCGUCUGGAGACCAUCCCUGAUUCGGAGAUGAUCGAACCGCGCACUGAUGGUUCGCUCAUCGAAUCUCGUCGCAAGACUAGCAUGGACGAUUCCCGACAUACCACCCCGGAGCGAAGCUGGAGGAUAGAGACGAUCGAAGCGUCGAGGGACGAGCACUCCGUCGGCCCUAACGGCGGCGUUCUUAAAGUCAAGUCUGCUCUAUGGGCGUUAGGCCACGCCGGCACGUCAGUCGCCGGUGUCGAGCACUUGGUGCAUUUAGGCAUCGUCGAGAUGAUCACCUCCAUGGCGGAGACUUGUCCGUAUUACUCGGUGCGCGCCACCGCGAUGUACGCUCUCAGCUUGAUCGGCACCACUCGCGCUGGUGCUGACGCGUUGGCCACCUUCGACUGGCCGUGCGUGAGGCAUCGACGGGGUGAUAACUGGCCGGUUGUGCCGCCCACCACUAGGUAUCCGGUGCCGAGCCCGGUGCCCGUACAGCGGCAUCAUCGUAGUCUCAGUGACGGCAAGCCGGAGUUGCCGGAACCGAUCGCACGCCGCACCAGAAAUCGAUCCGAGAGUGCGGCGACGGACCUUGAGGCGCGGCGAUACGUUCUUCCAGAAAGAGGUGAGACUCCCAGUCCCGUCUCGAGUAUACAAAGAUUAAGCCAACAAGACGCUGAAGGUUACGCGCGACUACGUAGUUUACAACGUCAUCGUAGGCCGAGUUACUCCCAAAGUAGUUUAGAAAUGUAUAGUUUGGACGGCCGGCUGUCAUUGCAAAGCCUGUCGGAACUUGACUCCCGCAGCUGGAUCGCGGAGAACACGAUUCUCACCCCGACCCCACCUCCGUCAGAAGACGACAGCGAGAAUCUGUUUUACAUGGGUAUUUGCCUGCCCAGAAGGCUUAUCACAAUCUUCCCUGAGCCCCCUCAACCGACGCAGCCGAACAUCUUCGAGGACAUUGUCCGGACCGAGCUGGAGACAACGGAGAUCGACGAGGAGUCCAGUUCGGAAUACGACGUGGACACCGAGCAUUGUCGCACGUGUCUUGUUUGUUACCACAGCAGGAGCAGCGCCAGGGACGUCGCCACGGAGCAGGACGUGAAGCUGCGAAGGGAGAUACUUAGGCAUACUCAACGUCUUGCAAACCCCGUGUGGUAUCGUCAUAGUCGUCAAGCGUUACUUAGACUGAGGCAACGUUACCCUGAAAAGUUUCAGGAUACCUGCUUAUUUUCGGAUGUAGCUGCACGUCUGGGCAGCGGUACAUAUAGAAUGCCAGCCCGGCGAUUUUUGCAAGAAUUAUUUCUAGAUUCUCCAUUUGAGGCUCUUUACGCGGAACCAGUCAGCAUUCUGAAGAUACCGAUCGGUACCGAGGAGAAUCCACCGCAGUCACCCGUUCCUAUUGCAUCCGAGGCUAGCCCGCGUCAGUUCGUUGGUCUCGCAGAGGGUAAGAUCAACGGGAGGCUCACUCUGACUGAGAUACAAACUGUGCAAUUGGCGUCGGUAGCCGAGGAGGGCUCCUCGGCCAGCGUCGAGUCGUGCAACGCGUCAGGGUCGCAUCGAUGCAAGAAGUCGCAGGAGAUGAUGGUGCAACCGGCAGCAGUGGCCGCAGCUGCGGCGGCGGCGGCUGCAGCUGCGGCGGCUGCGGCAGCAGCCGCGGCGGCCGCGACGUCCGACCGGCGCAGCGACGAGAAGAUCAUAGCCGAGAUCCUGAAGCCGGAGGAACGGAUACGUUUGUCCAAGAGUUCCGAUAGAUCGUUAAAAGUAUCAGAGGACGACGACAUAAGAAUAAAAUACACUGCCGAAAUCACAGACAUACAAGCAGAAUAUGAGGACGGGAAAUCAGAUUCACCCUGUGCGUGCGUGCGUGUGUGUGUAUUCUUAUGUAUAUUUCGACUGUUAAUUGAAGCGAGAAACGAAAAGGAAAAAUGCGGCUCUCUGCUACCGCCCGAACGACUUGACCGACGAUACCAAGGAGUUGUACAUUUUCAAUAUGUUUUACAUCCACUCCUUCAGAGGGCGUAUCGAAAAAGAUCGUCGCAAGAAGCACACAGGAUCGUUGUCAGGUUAAUCUCUGUUCCUGAUUUGACAUAUUCUGCUCUAGUAAUCACCAAACAUUACCGAUCGUACGCAUUGUCUAGCGUCAUUUAUCAUUAUUAUUUAUUGUAAGAGGUACGAAUACGGGUUAUCAGCACGAAUUACUUCAAUGACGAUGACAGUGAACUCCAAGCAGAGUUCCAAGCGUUCGAAAUGGGCCUUGGACUUUGCCCACAA